CCGUCCACCACCCCACGACCCCACGACCCGCGCCUUCCGAUGCUGUUGGCAGCUGCGCAGCCGUGGCUCGACAAUGGUCCGUACUUGGACUUGCUGUGCAGGUGUGCUCAAGUACAUAACCAGACCGCAUGCAUACAUCGCAUCGUGCUGUGCCGUGCCACCUCACCCCCAGCCGAGCCGUACCGUACCGUACCGUACCGUAUUCUAUCGUAUACUGUGACCUUCUGUAACCUGCCGUCUCCCGCCUUGCAUCUCCCACCUGCCUGCCUGCCUUGUGCCCUCUGCCUUGUGCCCUCGAGGCUCGGGACGACGACAACGACGACAACGACGACGACGACGACGACGACAAUGCUCGUCCGCCUUUCCAACAUCGCCCUGCUGACCUGACACCCUGCAGUCCUCCAUCCACCCCUCCAUGCUAAUCAAUCAAUCACUUGCUCACUCAAGUGCCCACUGAGACAACAUCCGCACUGUACGCACCACCACCACCAUCAUCAUCAUCAUCAUCACCACCACCUCGUCGCUCGCCUGCCUGUCCCAUUCGAGACAGCAAUGGCGGUACAAGAAGCCGCCGCCCUCAAGGAGCAGGGCAACAAGCGUUUCGCAAGAGGCGACUUUGGGGGCGCAGAGGGCCUAUAUUCCCAGGCCAUCAUUGCCGACCCCAAAGACCCAAAGAUCUACACCAACCGCGCCCUGGCCCGUUUAAAACUCCAGCGCUGGGAGGACGCCAUCCUGGACUGCCAGACAUGCCUCGCCUUCUCCUCGGACAACAUGAAGGCCCACUUCCUCCUCGCGCAGGCCCAGAUCGAGCUCAAGUACUUUGACGACGCCCUCCACAACGUCAAGCGCGCCCACGACCUCGCCGCAAAGACCGGCGACAAGUCCCUCACCGCCAUAACAAACCUCGUCCUGCGGUGCAAGAAGGAGCGCUGGGACGACAGGGAGAGGCGCCGCCUGCGCGACGGCUCCGCACUCGAGCGCGAGGUGCUCGACAUGCUCGACAGGGAGCGCGCACAAGCCCAGGCCGACUGCGCCGACCACGACGAGCUCAGGGAUGUCACCGCAGAGUGGGACGCCAAGAUCGCCGAGAUGAAGAACACGUUCCAGCUCGCGAGGGGCGAGCAGGGCCGGAGGAGAAACGUCCCCGACUGGGCCGUCGACGACAUCACCUUCGGCAUCAUGGUCGACCCCGUCAUAACAAAGACGGGCAAGAGCUACGAGAGGUCCAGCAUCCUCGAGCACCUCAAGCGUUCCAAGACGGACCCCGUCACGAGGGAGCACCUGGACCCCGCUGACCUGCGGCCCAACCUCGACCUGAGGGACGCCUGCGAGGACUUUCUAGAGAACAACGGGUGGGCCGUCGACUGGUAGGAUCCUGUCGACACGUGCACCCUCGCGCCCCAGCCCCAGCCCUCGUCCCAGCCCCCGCCCUGGCGCUGUCUGGUGUGCAGGUCCUGGCUGGGCUUAAAGCGCCGGGCCAAGGGGCCACGCCUACACAUUGGGCGACCACGGCUUUCAUAGGCGGCGCCCCAUCACCUACACUUCUGUUUAUAGAACUCCACUAUCAUCACCUAGGAUCGACGUGUCGGGUUGCGGCAUACAACAUUGCAAAUGGCGUUCGGCUGGUACUGAGUGGACUUCAAUCCGACAUGUCCAGGCAUGGGCAACGUCUGCAGCGGGAGAAUGGCUUGUCCUUGUUCAGAUUCGGGAGUGCCUGGACGGGCACUACACACCCUAGGUAGUACCGAGGUCCAAUGGUUCUCCAUUUGGAUUAAUUAAUCAAUCACGCGUCUCCAAUUCGGCUUCG